GUCCGCGCGCCCGGACCUCGCGCCCGCCCUCCCGCCACCACCAUGCCGCCCCUGGAGAGGAGCCAGCAGCUGCACGGCAAGCCCUUCAAACAGAGGAAGAGCUUUGCCACCAGGAAGCAGGAGGUGGCGGGAAUCCGCUCCAAAUUCCCUAAUAAAAUCCCGGUGAUUAUAGAGCGCUAUGAGCGGGAGAAGUUUCUUCCUCCGCUGGACAAAACGAAGUUUCUUGUUCCUCAUGAGCUCACCAUGAACCAAUUUGUCACCAUCAUCAGGAAUCGCAUGGCGCUGCUUCCCUCUCAGGCUUUCUACCUGCUGAUCAACAACAGCGGUCUGGCCAGCAUGACGCUCACGAUGGCGCAGGUCUACAGGGACCACCAGGACGAUGACGGCUUCCUGUACAUGACCUACGCCUCGCAGGAGAUGUUUGGACACGGGACAUGUUUUUAGACUAUAAUAUGUAUGUAAAUAGAAAAAAUGUUUUGACUUUUAAUGGCUCUGUGCAUCAAUAAAUCUUAUGUAUACCA